AUGCCACCAGUAUUACGAUGCAUAGCUACGCUGCCUUCAGUGAUCUGCACGAAGCAAUUGUGCCGAGUCGGACCUUCAUCACGAUCCUUUUCCACAUCACCGCGACAUGAACAGCGAUCAACCCGCGCCAGGCGAGGGUUUUUCCGGUGGCUGCAGACCAUAGGACAGAACUUCGAAACCCCUCUGGAGAAGUCGACCAAUUACCUGGGUGCAUAUAACAAACUUGGUCAGUUGAAGCGUGUCGUCGCAGCUGCUAAGGAAAAGGAUCGUUUGAAGGAGGAAGCACGCAGUGCCGGUGCAGUCGCCGCAGAUACUAGCAAAGACUUGUCUUUAGAAGAAAGCACAGAGUUACCCCCCGAGACGACCAGUGACUUGAGACCAUUUCCGAUGAACGGAGCUUUCAUAAGUCAGCCGGUACUAGGUGGAAUGGUCAAAGAGGAUAUCUGGUUCAGAAUCAUGAUCGAAGGCCAGUCUGUUCGAGAAGUCAGUGCUGAACUUGGGGUUGAGAUGGCUCGUGUCGGCGCUGUCGUACGACUGAAGGAGAUUGAGAAGGAGUGGGAGCGAAUAGGGAAACCGCUCGCACACUCAUACCAGAGGGCUGUGAACAAAAUGGUUCCUAAGACGUUACUGGCGCUUCCUGGUGAACGACCAAACUUCCAUGAAACCAUCAAUGAUCUCCCAGUACAUAGAGCGACGGGGCAACAGAUCUGGCACCCCACUUCGGAAUCAAAGCAUUUCACUCGUGUAGACGCUGCAAAGAUAUUUGAUGAGAAUUUGCUACCUGCCGAUGCUCGAGUACCACAUCCUGAGCUCGCAAUAUUGGCCAAGGAAGUUAUAGACAACUUGUCUCCGAAGGAGCGAAGGGAACGUGCAGGUGCAAGAGAAGCAGUCGCAGAGAAGAAGAGGGCAGCUAAGGCUGCUCGGCAGGCGAAGAAGGAGGCCGCCAUCAAGAAGGUUGAUACAGGGAGAUGGGAGUUCCACUUCACGGACAUCAAUGUCGACGCUGCCGGAAAGACAGGAAGAGGUCACAAGGGGGUUGGCUGGAGAUAUGGACAACCUCAUGAUGACAGGACCCGGGGAAAGAUCAAGAUACCCACCAGUGUGGCAUGA